AUGGUCCGUGUCAGUGUGUGCGGCGUGUGCGCCAGUGCUGCGUUGCUUCUGUGGUGUGCUUCUGCCAGCCCGUCGCUGAGAGGGAACGAGACGAAAGCGGCCGAAGUGAAGAAUUUGGCCGAGAACUUGACCAAGGCCAGCAGCUCAGCGAUGGCAGUGACGAAGUCCACGGGAGGCAGCAAUACAUCUCUGACCAAGAACGGGAUCGAUUACCUGACGCGCUUCGAAAUACACAAGUACACAAACUGUUACCGCGGCAAUGGUGGUACUCUCACGACCUUGUCGAGUGGCUACAUGGGGCGGUAUGAUACAGUGGCAGGUUGCGCGCGCGAAUGCUAUGAACACAGCUGGUGCUUCUGCUUUGUUUGGCAGUCCGCACCAACAGAUGCCGGCGAAUGGUCGACCUCGAGGAACAAUUGCUGGCUCCGCAACAAGUGCGACAUCAACUCCUGCCAGCGUGGCCCCUACAACACCUACAGCAAGGACUUUGACACGUUCACGUGGGUGUGA